CAAGAAGCUGUGCUUUUACAAAAAUCCUUACAAAUUGAACUUGAAAACUGGAUAAAAAUGGAAAAAGAAAUUGAAGAAAAAAUUAACGAAGAUUCGAAAAAGGUUGAGAAGUGGGCUGCAAAGGAGAAUCUAUUACUUCAAAAAAUUGAUGAGUACACAGAAAAGAUUGCUUCAUUAGGAGCAUUACCACAAACGGAUCCUAUAUAUGCCAAGAUGUCCCUAAAAACGUUAUUUAAAGAAUUGGAAAAGGCUAACCAACAUCUUAAAAAAUAUAAUCAUGUUAACAAAAAGGCAUUGGAUCAGUUCCUAAGCUUUUCUGAGCAAAAAGAAAAACUUUACAAACGAAAAGAAGAGUUAGAUGUUGGUGACGAAAAAAUUCGAGAGUUGAUGCAGUCAUUGGAAAUGCAGAAAGUGGAGGCUAUACAGUUUACAUUUAAACAAGUUGCUAAAAAUUUUACACAUGUGUUUAAAAAGUUAGUGCCUCAAGGAGCUGGGUAUCUUAUACUUAAAACAAAGGACAACGAAGGAGACGUUUCAGAUAGAGAAGUAGCUAAUUCUGAUGCAUUCACAGGCAUCGGAAUAAGAGUUUCUUUUACUGGCGUUGAAGCUGAAAUGAGAGAAAUGAACCAACUAUCAGGUGGGCAGAAGUCACUUGUUGCGCUGGCUUUAAUUUUUGCCAUACAAAAGUGCGACCCUGCUCCAUUUUAUUUAUUUGACGAAAUUGAUCAGGCUUUGGAUGCUCAACACAGAAAAGCAGUAGCGGAUAUGAUUCACGAAUUGAGUGAUAAAGCGCAAUUCAUAACCACUACGUUCCGACCGGAGCUAUUGGAAAAUGCCCAUAAAUUCUACGGCGUUCGAUUCAGAAAUAAAGUGAGUCACAUAGACUGUGUAACUCGAGAACAAGCGAAAGACUUCGUUGAAGAUGAUAACACACAUGCAUAA